AUGCAUUUAGCAUUAUUCAUUGUUAACUAAAAUGGUUCACUCGUCUAUGAUAAAGUAAUGCUUCUUGGUAUUAAAUAUUAUAGGUGUUAGGGCCAGAAUUGCAAUGAGACAAAAGGUACAGGAUUUUUGAGCAAUUCUUUACUAGAUGGAAUUAAUGAGGUGGUUACAGAUAAUUUCAGAUUAUUGUGCUUUCAAAGUUUCACAGGAAUCAAAUUCAUAUUGGUUUCAGAACCUCAUAGGAAAGAUCAAGAUUAGUUGAUACUGAGUUUCUUAGCUUUGACUACUAAUGCUGCACCGAAGCAUGGGAGUGAAAGAAUUCACGUAAAGAAAGAGGCUAAUGAUAAGAUGGAGUUUAAGUCUUUCUCUGGUAAUGAAACUGAGCAGAUGUUCUAAACAGUCAAAGGGGAUGAAAUGAACUUGACAAUGUAAGAAGCUAAUGUCUCUAUGUCUGGCUACGUGUCUGAGGAAGUUAAACUUCAACAAAGCUACCACUAUUAUAACAACACAAACUUCUUUGUGACAUUCAGACAAAAAUACCUGAAGGAAGGUGUGACAACUAAGUAGUUAGCUAAUAGUGUUGUUAAAGAUGAGCUUGGAAAACACCCAGAUAAAAUUAGUAGUGUCAAGAUCAAGAAACUAUAUCAAACUUAUGGAAUCUUUGAGCUUGGAGAUCUUAAAGAGCUUAAGGUAGCAGCUGAGUUACUAUCGUAUAGAUAAGAAAUAUUAGCAAGUGAAUAUCUUCAGAAAAAGAAAUUGUUUGGUAGACAUGCAGAUCUUGACGAGAUGGCUAAAUUCAAAUCUAAGAUUAGAAAAGAGGAACCAAAGAAAAAAGAAGAGGAGAAGAAAGAAGAGGAAAAGAAGGAUAGCGAGCAAAAGUAAUAGCAACAAUCUGAGAAUGUAGUUCCUGAACAGAAGGCAGAGGAAAUCAUUCAAAGACCAAGCUCAGAGAGAUUUUUAAAAAGAGUGUUAAAUAUAAGAGAGAUUGAUGAGUUUAAGGGCAGAGAAGAUUAAUAAUCCUAGUCAUAAUUUUUAGCUUCAAGAUGGGCUUUAAAAGAAGCCUUAGUAAAAGCAUCUGGCAAUACUUCUUUAUUUUAUCCUGGAAUAUAUCUAUAAAAAUUGGAAAAUUCAAAACCCAUCAUAGUUAUUGAAGGGGAUUAGAACAAGAAGAUUUUGUUUGAUGACUUGAAGAUCUCGAGUAUACACUCUAGUAUUUCACAUGAAGAUAAUUAUGCUACAGCUGUAGUGAUACUUGAAGCAAUGUUUGAUCCUAGAAGACCUGCUACCAGAAUCGAACUGAAAAUUGAAGAAGAUCUACAAGAGUAUGAUGAAUUCAAAUCAAUGCUUCAAAAGCAAAGAGAAAAACAAAGACUUCAAAAUAUGGGGUCUGCCUUUGGAAUGCAUGGAUCUCCGAACAUUCUAGGAUUCACUGGGGGAGUUGAUGGACUUGGUUAUGAUUAAAUCGCCAGCUAUGCCAGCUACUAUAAGGAUAAGAAUUAGGGCGCAGGAUAAAGAAAGAAGAAAAAUAAUAAUAAUCAAGGACCUCCAAACAUGCUGUAAGGAUUUAAUAGUAUUGGUGGAGGAGCAAGCGGCAUUGGUGGCAGUGGAAUUAACGAUGACUCAAUGAACGAUUCCUUUUGA